CGUGGUGGAUCCAAGUAGAAAGCAUGAACAAGGACCCUAUCUCUAGCUCUGAUUUCAAUGACCUUAGGCUACCUUCCUACGAGGACAGUUCACAGGAAGGGAAUUCCCCCAAAGCAAAUGUCUAAUAUUUUUCCUUUAGUGGGUGUGAGAGUGAAGAGGUCGACCAAGAUGUCCGGGACACCAUUUACGCUCACAUGUUCUUCACUUCCGACCAAUCAGAUAAUGUGUCAAGUGUCGAGCAUGCUGUAAGUCCGUCCAAUCAAGAUCUCUCAGUGUCACUCGUGGUGGACAAGGACAAGCGGUCCAAAAGGUUGAAGAAUUUGACACGUGUGGAAAAAAAAGCGUUAAAGAAACUGAGAAAAGAUAAACGAAAAUCAAAGACAAACAAAUCGCUACUCGAUAUCUCGUCAUGUACCGACGACCCUAGUUUCCAUGGUGACCAAACGUCUAGCUCUCAUCGCUCAAUAGAGUCCCCUUUAGCGAAUGUAGGGACAACGGUCAAGGAGGCUGUAAAGAAAGGAAAGAAGACCAAAGGCAGCGCAUCAGAUGUGAUUGUUAUCAGUGAUACUGAACCUCCUGCUGGUGAUGUCAUCCUCAUUGAUAGCUCCGACUCAGACUCUGAGGACUCUCUCCAUUUCGACGACCUAGCUAACACUGCAGACAGGGACAGCAAUGGCGAUGGGGCCAGUAACGGCAUGGAGCUGUGUGAUCAGGGAGACCUGGACACAGAGGGGAUAUCUGCUGACUGGGCCAUCUGCAAGAAAGACCAACUGGGCCGUGCUGCUUACGAGAGAUUGUUUGAGAAGGGACUAGGGGAUCGACCCGGACGCUAUUACAACGACAAGGAAAAGGGCGGAGGAGGUGCCAAGUGCUCCAAUUGCAAGCAACGUGACCACACUAACAAAAACUGUCCCUGGCCGAAGCGACACAAUGUGUGCCAUUUCUGUGCCGGCCUAGGCCACAUGAGCAGCAAAUGCCCUCAGUCCCAGUGUUCGUAUUGCUACCAGCCCUCUCAUCGCGGGAGGAGGUGCACUGGACCGUGUGGGAGGAUAGUGGACUGUGGGAGAUGCUACAUGCAGGGACACCACGCCUCAAUUUGUCCUGAUCAGUGGAGGCAGUUUCACAACACAAAUUACUCACAUGAUGAGAUAGUGACCAUCCACCCCAGGGACCAGCGUACCUCUACCAAGGUGUUCUGUUUCAACUGUGCCGCCCACGGUCAUUACGGCUUCGAGUGCACUAAGACACGCCCCCAGUAUUACUGUCGUGCCACCACAUCCCUCAUUGCACAGUACAAUAUGGAGUUCUGGCCUCCUCGUAAUAUCGAUCAAAUUAGGCAAAAUCUGGGGAUUCCCCCAACCACCACCCCCCAGACAAGCAGUAAGUCCUCUGGUUCAAAAGGUCGCAAGGGUAGUAAACAUGGCCGAGGUAAGCAUGACCAACACACUGGAAAUGGUACCAAGCAUCGCGGAAAACAUUCAAGAUCGUACGAUGAACGAGAUCAAUAUGAUAUACAAGAUCAGUAUGAUGUACGAGAUCAGUACGAUGCUCAUGGACGUGGUGGCCACCCGAGUAGUCAUGGUAACCAACCAAAGUUACAUCGUGAUAAUUACCGCGAACCCGAUUUCGAACGAGGCAGUGACAGACGACACAGUACUGGCCAGUCACAUGAUUUCCCUCGGACACCGUUACUACCACCACCUCGUGGCAUCGGUUACCCUCUGUUCCCCCCACCUCCACACUUCACACCCUCACAUCGUCACGGCCCUCCCGCCCCCACAUUCCUCCCACCUCCUCCAGUACAUCCACAUCGGAGAUUCUCAGACGUACCCCCAGCUGUGAGGUCACAUGACCAACGCCGUCAAUCACAUGACCACCACUACUCUCACGACUCAGCCCAGAGAUCACAUGACCGAGGUAGGAGAUCACAUGACCAAUUAUUCACACCACCACCCCACAAGCGACAUCGAACUGCAGGAGACGAUUAUUACACGCCAUCACGAGGAUUUAGGGGAAGUCCCCAUACAGCGAGAACAUUGGACAGUCACGCUCCAAAACACUAUAGAUACUAGCCUCACAGUGGUGUGUUUAUAUAAUUAUAGCUAUAUAUAAUUUGCACGUUAUUUCUCCUCUGCACAUCUGCAUGCAUGUACAUAAUUUAUUAUUGGCAAGUUUGCUCCACUGUUUAAUAA